CGCAUUCGAUGUCAAGUUUGUGCGCCGCCACAUUGUGUUAAUAUACACACACGUGUCUCUAAAUAGUUGAGAAUUUUAUUAUUUAAAUUAAUUUAUUUAUAUAUAGUGAAUCGAAAUGGCUACAUCACUACUGCGUGUGCUCAGGAUAGAGGCUCCCAAUGUCCUCAACGCUCACAAAUACAGCACAGGGGCGGCCACAACUAAAAUGUUCGUCGAUGGACAAUUCGUCGAAUCAAAAACUACAGAAUGGAUAGACUUGCACAACCCUGCCACCAACGAAGUAGUCACAAGGGUACCAAAAUGCACACAAGAAGAAAUGGAAAAUGCAGUCAAAUCCUCCCAAAAGGCCUUCGAAUCCUGGAGCCAGACAUCAGUUUUGACCAGGCAACAGGUCAUGUUCCGCCUGCAGGACCUGAUCAGGAAAAACAUGUCUGCCUUAGCCAAAAAUAUCACUUUGGAGCAAGGAAAGACCUUGGUGGAUGCCGAAGGAGACGUUUUGAGAGGAUUACAGGUUGUCGAACACUGUUGCAGUAUCACCAGUUUGCAAAUGGGUGAAACCAUGCAAAACAUUGCAAGGGACAUGGACACACAUUCUUAUACUCUGCCUUUGGGAGUCACAGCAGGUAUCACACCAUUCAACUUCCCUGCCAUGAUUCCCUUAUGGAUGUUCCCCGUGGCAACUGUUUGUGGAAACACUUCCAUCAUCAAGCCAAGUGAACGUGAUCCUGGUGCGACCAUGAUGUUGAUGGAGCUCCUAAAUGAGGCUGGUUGCCCUCCUGGUGUUGUAAACGUUAUCCAUGGUGCCCACGACGCCGUCAACUUCAUCUGCGACCAUCCGGCAAUCCGUGCAGUAUCCUUCGUAGGAUCCGACCAGGCUGGUAAAUACAUCUAUGAACGCGCUGGACGCAAUGGUAAGAGGGUGCAGAGCAAUAUGGGUGCCAAGAACCAUGGUGUCAUCAUGGACGACGCCAACAAGGAACACACUCUUAACCAGCUUGCAGGAGCCGCCUUCGGAGCCGCUGGACAGAGGUGUAUGGCUUUGUCCACUGCAGUAUUUGUAGGACAAGCUAAGGAAUGGAUUCCAGACUUGGUAAAGAGAGCCCAACAAUUGAAAGUCAACGCUGGACAUGUUCCUGGAACUGACUUGGGUCCAGUAAUUUCUCCACAAUCCAAAGAACGCAUCCACAAACUGAUCGAAUCAGGUGUGAAAGAAGGUGCCAAGCUCGUCCUUGAUGGCCGUGGCAUCAAAGUAGAAGGUUUCGAGAAGGGCAACUUUGUUGGCCCAACCAUCCUCACCGAUGUCACACCUUCCAUGGAAUGCUACAAAGAAGAAAUCUUUGGCCCAGUUCUUGUCUGCAUGACUGCAGAUACCCUGGACGAUGCCAUCAAAAUCAUCAACAAGAAUCCCUAUGGAAAUGGAACUGCCAUCUUCACCACGAAUGGAGCUGCUGCCAGGAAAUUUGUACAGAAGAUCGAUGUUGGACAGGUUGGUGUAAAUGUACCAAUCCCAGUACCACUGCCAAUGUUCUCCUUCACCGGCUCCCGAGGCAGUUUCCUGGGUGAUAGUCAUUUCUAUGGAAAACAAGGACUUAACUUCUACACGCAAACCAAAACUGUUACCCAACUCUGGAGGGAAGGUGAUGUAGGUCAUGCUAAAGCUGCAGUAGCUAUGCCUACUAUGCAGUAAAUUUUCCAAAUAUUUUAAUACAAACAACUUUUCGAUCUUCAUCCAAAUCACCAAAAUCAUCUAUUUUGGUGAUUCUGAUACUAUGCUGAUAAAUCACAUAAACAGCUAGUCAUUGAAAUAUUAUUUGAUUUAAAUUGUUUGCAACAAUUUAUAUUGAAACUGAUUAGAAAUAAGUUAUGCGUUAAGUUAUAAAUAAAAAGAAUCUCAACGAAA